AUGGUCACUGUUUGGUGGUCUAGCGCCGGUGUGAUUCAUCACAGCUUCUUACCAAUCGGGGUAAGUAUCACUGCAGAUGUGUACUGUGAAGAACUGAACACAAUGAUGGAGAAGCUAGCACAUCUCCUACCAGCAUUGGUCAAUCGCUCGUCUCCGCUGCUCCUGCACAACAAUAACGCACAGCAGACGUUCUCCAAGUUGCAAGAACUGGAGUUGGAAGUUCUCCGUCAUCCGCCCUACUCACCAGACCUUGCGCCUAUAGACUACUACUUUUUCCAGAAUUUGGAUAACUUCUUGGCGGGAAACAAAUUCAAUACACGAGAGGCAGUACAAAAUGCCUUUAGAAAAUAUGUUGCCUCCCGUACAGCUCAUUUCUUUAAGAAGGGCAUCAAUAAGCUGCCACUGAGUUGGCAAAGAUUCAUUGAUUGCAUGGGUGAUUACUUCGAUUAA